AGCCAGGAUGUAAUAUUUCCUUGUAGGGCUGAGCAGUCUGACCAACUCAUUUGCAUGUCCCUCCUUUGCUCCGGCAUGUUUACCAUGUGGGACAGGAGCUGAAUGAGAGCUGCAUUUCUCUGCCUGUGAGUUCAGCUCUGCAUCUUCACAAAGCGUCCUCUCUGCUGGGAACAACUCCACUGCUGCUGUCCGGGACAAUGUGAAACCAGGAGAUAUACCUCCAAUUCCACAGGUGUCCAUGUUUCUCUGGUGUGUUUUUGUCCAUCCUCUGCUUAUUAUUUGAGGAGCUGUUGAUACUUCCAUGGCGUCUGAAGGAGCUCUGGCCAAGAGGAGCAACCUGGCUGCUUCCAGGGUCCACUGGAGCAACAUGGACCUCCCUGAGUUCACCCCGGACCAGGACCAGGACCAGGACCAUCACGGAAAUUCGAGCCAGGACAGUGUCAGGAAAUGGCUCACCACCACAGAGGAAGAUGCAAAGCAUGAGCCACUGCAGGAAGCUGCAGAGCCUCUGAAGAGGAGCCCCAGCAGUGACGAUGACCUGGCCUUGGGGCUAGAAGCGUCUCUAUAUGGUAGCCGGGGGGCGAGGACGGUCCAGGAGUUUCUGUGGUGGAGCCGGUCAAGUCCUUCCCUCAGCCGGUGGAACAGCAUCAACUCAACAAUCUCAGCUCACUCCGGACCACUCAGUGUGAUGGACAUCCUGAACCUGUGGAACGACGACCCGGAGGAGGUUCUGCUGGAGAUGGGCUUUGGCUGCGACGAGCCCGACCUCUCCGGACGCAUCCCGGCUCGAUUCAUCAACUACCAGUCUCAGGCCAAAGGGAUAAACCUGCAGGUGUUUCUGGAGGCCCAGCAGAACCGGCUGGACCUGGAGAACCCAGACGUCAGCAAUCGCUUCAGACAGCUCGAGGUUCUCCAGCAGGUGACCACAGCGUUCUCCUCCCUGGUGGGGCCUUCGUCCCCCCUCAGAGCCCCCCUGGGGAAAGCCCUGACUCCUGAGGCCCGGGAGAAGAGGCGGCACGUGGGCAUGCUGUUCAGGCGAGCAUCAAAGAAGUCACUCAGCCAAAUCCACAACCAGAAGUCUCAGGACCUAACCACACCGGCUGCUGAUCCACCUGAAGCUAUGCAACCUCCAUCCAGCCUUGGAGACAAGAAAUCUGCCUUAAAAAGAGCCAAACCUGGACACCCAGAGGCCGUGUGUCUGAGUCCUCUGGCGGAGGAACAAGGACCCGGUCCGGACCCUAAUAUAGCUGCUUUCACAGUCCAGGAGGGAGCCCUCAGACACGGGCCCCUGACAGAAGGUCAACCCAGACCCCCAGCCAACGUUUUACUGAGGAAGAGGAGCACAGGACCGGCCAGGGAAUCAUUUGAAAUGGAAGAGAUCCACAGUUUUGAUGAAAGUAGUGUGACAGGGAGCUACACAGGAGGAGCAGAACAUUUAGCGCAGAGUUUCAUGCGGUCCACCAGCUGCCAGUCAGACAGCAGUGGGUUUUUAGAGGAGCCCAUCAUCCCCCCCCUCAGUCAGCAGGCGGCACCGGGACAAGAUCUCCUCAAGGCUCUGUCAGGCCUGCUGGGAGGAAGCACUGACAGCCAGAGCAGUGAGAAUCCAGACUCCACCUCUCCAACUUCCCCUCAUACCGCUUCAUCUCUACCGCUCUCGUCAUCUCCAACCUCUUCUGGUGCAGACACAUCUCUCCUUUCACCAGAGCUUUCGUUAGUUUCCCCCCAUUCCCCAUCUCCCGUUUUAUCGCGUCUCCUGGAAUCUAACCUGCAGAGUUUACAGACCCCACGUGAUCAGGAUCAGUCUUCCUCUGCUUCGCUGCCUGCCUCGUUAACUCCAGAUUCAGAGGAGAUUAAAACUGAGGACCAGGAUGCACCACACCCCCACCUCUCUGGUCCAUCCCAUGACUCUGAGAGCACAGCAUGCCUGAGUGACCCUCCUCCUCCUGCCUCAUCUCCCUCUCCAAAUUUGGCUUGUUUGUUUUCCUCCUCUGGGAACAGAGAGUCAAACCAGGCUGAGUUGGCUUCACAUGGGAAUUCCCUCUCCGAUUCCUCACCAUCCUCGCAUCCCUUUUCAACUCCUGAUCGUAGUUGUCCACCCCCUUUCUUCUCUGUCCUGGACUCCUCUGAGUUUGAGGAGGUUUGUCCCACACCGCCUUCUCCUAAAUCUUCCAGUCCAGUUUGUCAAUUCUCAUCACAAUGCCAGGAUGGUGAGGUCGACCCAGCUGUUGAACGAAUUCCAGGCCUUUCAGAGCACUCCCAACAGGACAAAGCAAGUCAUGAUGAUAACUUACAUCCAGCCCCUCCUGUCCAAGAUGUCUUCCAGAGGAAUCACCUCCCGUUAGGCUUUGAGGAUACCCAUCAGACGGGGGGGGAGGAGGGCGCUGACACUGUGCAGACUCCAGAGGUUUACAUCCCAGACACAGAGAGCUCUGCAGGCCUGUCAGAAAGUUCAAGAUUAGUCUGUGAGGAAGUAUGUAACCAAACAGAAAUAGAUCCGCAGCUCCAGUCCUGUAGUUUGCAAGAGGGGCUUUCAGCUGGAACCAAACCGGAAGACUUUCAAAGGGGAUCAGACGGAGAAUCACUCACUUCAGUUUUACUUGAUGAUGUGCCAGAAGCGCACAGCAGAACUGAAGUGGAACCAAAGGGUCUGAUCAAGAUCGAGAGCUUGGAUCUGGUGUUUCAAACCUCAGUGGACGGCUCUGGAAGUGGAAGUGAAAGUGAAGAUACGGAGGCGUUUCUUGAGCGGCUUGAUAAUGAAGGGCGGGUCUAUUGGGCGGAACCGAUCCAGGUUUCCAAUCCGACUCCUGAAGCAGGCAGCUUUGAAACCCCUGACGAAUCUCCUGGGAAUACAAAUGCAGCUUUUAUGGAUUCUUCUUCAUCCACAGGCAGAGACAUGACUUCAUCGGUGACAUCCUCAACAACAAUGGACACUAACCACCAGACCUCCUCAGAUUCACCCUCCUCUUUGACGCGACCAUUAGCGUCCCCCGUCGCAUCUUCAAACCUGAAACCGUCAAGUCGCUCCGUCUCUGUCCAGAUGUCCUCAUCUCCUUCCUCUCAUAUUGUCCACCGGACGGAUGUUCCCUUCACGACUCACUCUAAACGCUCCCCUCUCCCUAGUGUCCUCCCUUUGGACACCUCCAGUCCUUUCCGCGCUGUCCAAUCGUGGACAGACCUGCACAUCCAACGACACACCCUCACCCAGAAGUUAUCACACGGGGGGCUUCAUUCUGCCCCAUAUGAAGUGACCGUAUCCACUGGAAUGAUACCAAACCCUACACCGAACUUCUCCUCGUGUCCAUAUUUGCCUAAAGAAUGGGAGUCACAUGACUAUCUCCCCGGGAUGGCUAGAAAUCCUAUGUCGGUGUCUGUGGAUAAAGGGCUGUGGACCGAUGAGGAGGAGGAGGUGGACAGGAAUGGAGGGGAAUAUGAGGACAAGCUUUGGGAGGGUCCUCACACUGAGACCAUCGCAUGCUGCUCCUCCUGCGACCAGCAGUGUACCUGCAGGCACGGAGAGCAACGGGGGAAUAUUCCUUACUCUCUGGAUGAGUUGGAGGAGAUGAUACUGUGUCUGCAGCAGUUUCGCUCCGUGCUCAGCAACAUGGAGGAGCAGCUCUCUGAGGACCAGGCUGCCGUUUACAGUGCUCUCUCCGACCAGGACAGGGUGAAGGUUCAGGACAUAGAGGAGCUGAGGCGGGCGGUGCGGCAGGAGGCGGAGGAGCUGGAGCUGCAGCUGAAUGAACUCGCCCAUCACUACGAUGACAGCUUGAAAAUGAAGAUGCACAGGCUGCUGGACGAGCAGUCUCUGCUCUGCUCUCAGCUCAGCGUCCUACCUGGAGCGGGACUCCCCUCCUCGAGCCCGGCCCCCCCCGGCAGGACGGUAGCCACUCAGUGCUGCAUGCGGCCCGGGACCCCCCCCCGCAGCGGAGGAGACCCUCAGACAGUCCCCCCCUGGAUCAAAGUGCCUCUGUGAGGGCCUGGACAUGAAGCUGGACAUGAUGGGCUUCCUGCAGAGAUUGAAGGAGUCUCUGCGUCAUUCUGUGAACACAGACUCAUUGGAGUAAAAGGUGUCAGUGGUGCUGCCUGAGAACCAGGGGGGUCCUGAAGUCUUCCAUUCACUGAAGAAUAUUUUUUCAGAUAUACGCCUUUUUGUAAUAUUUGUUCAUAUUUUCCUCUAGAACCACUACGAGCUGCAUGAGAAGCAAACUUUGUUGUAUAGGAAAAAUGUGUAAUAAAAGAAAAGCAAUAACGGCAUAGGAUAGGCUGUUUAAAUCAUAUAAAAACAUGUUUAAAAUAUAUAUAUAUUUAUAUAAAUGUAAGUAUUUAAUACACACGAGGCCUCUGGUCAGAAUGCACAAAGCUUCGUAUGAAUAAUUCCACUACAAUAAACCGUAGAACAGUGAAACAUGUUUGUGUUCUUUCAUGUAUGUCUGUAUUAUUUCAUAUUGAGGUUGUUUGUUGUGCUGGGGGGACGUUUGGAACAAAAGCUCCAGCGGUCUACAGCACACUUCAGCAGGAUGUCUCAAUUACCAGAGGAUAAUCCCCCAUCAAGACUUCAAAAGGGUUUGAUUAUCACAAGGGUCUUUUUGUAGGAAAGAGCUGAUAUAACUAAAAAGAACACUCCUUCCUGUUCCUGUGCACUUCCAUACACGUUUACAUGUCAAUUCCUAUUAUUGUAUGUAUUUAUUUGAUAUGUAAAAAGGAUAUGUUCCUGAAACUAAACUCUAUAUAUCUUCUUUUUUAGUGAUAUAUUUCAAUAUCAUCAAGCAGUCCAACAUUGUUAGCCUGCAAUGUUUAAUAGCAUCUUUGUGAAAUAGACGAUUUUAAGGUUAAAUAAUUGAUAGAAUUAUUCUUGAAGGAGUUCUGUUUGUAUGAAUAAGUGUACAAAGCAAAUGAAAAUACAUAUAUGAUGAGCAUGUUGUAUAAUGUCAAGAAGGAGGUGCGACAGAGGGUUUACUAACAACCCUUUUUUAUCGAGUACAAUGAGAGGGUGUGUUCAGGUCAGUUUUCUUAAAAGGCGCUAAUUAGACUUAU